AUGGAGAAACUCAGAGAUGUUUACACACUAUACCAUACGCGUGGGCUAAAAUGCGAUGGAUGCAAUCUUGGUAACAGCUAUUUUAGUGCUGGUUAUAGUUGCUUUCGUUCUGGACUCUUCUUUCACAAGGAAUGCGCCGAAUCCGAACCAACGAUUCACAACUUGUACCAUCCACAACAUUCUUUGAACAUCAAGGUACUUUCAGAAAAUGAAGAAGCCUAUGGAAAUUGCAAGCUUUGUAGAGGUAACUUGCCAAAGAUGUAUUACUGUUGUUCAAUAUGUGAUUUUUCCAUUGAUUUGAUAUGCGCAAGGAAAAAAGUUAUGACUACAAUUGAGAGUCCGAACACCCAUGAGCAUCCUUUAUCUCUUGUUCCAGAGAUGGGUUUGUUUACUUGUCACUUAUGUGGAUUGCAUGAUGAUCGGUUUCCUUAUGCAUGUAACUUAUGUAAUGUGAGUUUUCACAAAGAUUGUGCCGAAUCCACACCGGAGAUUCAGUAUUCUUGUCAUCCUAAACACAUUCUCAAGCGUCUCACGGAUGUUCCCAAGUAUACUAAUGGCAAAUGUUGUUUGUGUGGGAACAAACUUCAUUAUAUAUUUUAUCAUUGCUCUAUUUGCAAUUUUAGUGUGGAUGUCAAUUGUGUAAAAAACCCACUCCCUUCUACUCUUGUUCACGUUAAGGCUCAUGAGCAUUUACUCACUCUUAUGCCUCAACGGAGUUUUGUUUGCGAUGUUUGUGGGAUGAGUGACGACCCGAAUCCAUAUGUAUGUCUUCCAUGUAAUUUCAUGGUUCAUCGAAAUUGUUUAGACAUGCCUCGUGUCGUAAAGAUAUACCGUCAUGAUCAUCGUAUUUAUUACAAUCAUUAUCUUGGUGCGGGAGAUUGGAAAUGUGGAGUGUGUAAUAAAGAGAUAAAUUGGACAUGUGGGGCUUUUUCAUGUGCCAAGUGUUCUGAUUUUGCCAUUCAUCCAAGAUGUUUAACAAGGUUCGGGAUUUGGGAUGGGACUGAACUCGAAGGCGUUCCAGAAAAUAAUCCAGAGGUAAAGUCAUUUGAGGUGAACAAAGAAGAAGAAAUCAAACAUUUCAGUCAUGAGAAGCAUUUACUAAAGCUUAAAGAAGAGAGUGGUGCUAAUGAUGAAUACCUAUCGUGUAAAUCAUGCAACUAUCCUAUAUAUACGGGAUUAUUCUACAGCUGCAUGGAAUGUGAUAACUUUAAUCUCCAUGAAAAAUGUGCUUCUCUCCCACAAAAGAAAAUAGAUGCCUUCUACAACAUGCCAACUACUCUAAUCACAAAUGAUGCUCGCAUAUUCAUUUGCAAUGCUUGUCAAGACGUUUUUCAAGGCUUUCGUUACACAAGUGAUGAUCGUAAAACUAUCUUGGAUGUGCGUUGUGGCUCUAUCUCUGAGCCUUUCGUCCAUGAAAGUCAUCCUUUUCAUUCGUUAUACAUCAACCACGCAGCGAAAGAUUUGUUUUGUAAUGCUUGCGGAGUUAAUUCUCCGAUGGUUUUGAGUUGCGAGGAGUGUGAAUUUGUUUUAGACAUUAAAUGUGCUGUUUUACCAAAGAUAGCUAAACACAAAAAUGAUAAAGAUCAUUUUUUGUCUCUUUGUUAUGGAGAAAAAACGAGUGAGCAAUACUGGUGUGAGAUAUGCGAGGAAGAAGUAAAUCCAGAGAAAUGGUUUUAUUCAUGUGAUGAUUGUGGUAUCACUAAUCACAUCAAAUGUGUGGUCGGAGACUUCAAAGGGAUGAAAAUGGAAAAAGAUAACGAUGAGCCAUUCCCAGCUUAUAUGGUUAUCAAUAAUCGCAUAAAUCGACCAAUUUGUUUCUUUUGUAAGUCUCGCUGUUAUUUCUUUUCCAUCUUAGAGGUAUAUGGGAAAUCAUUUUGUUCUCUACAAUGUUUCCAAAAAAUAUUAAGUACUACAAUUUAAUCCGCUGUACAC